CUUAAUAACCAUCGCGACAGUUGAUGAAGGUUAUGCUAUUGUUUACACAAAGUCAUAUGAUACAACUAAUUCGAACGAUCCACGAAUUAUUCGUGCGGCGUUGUACAUUCAAACUAUUGGCUAUGGUGAUGAGCAAAUUUGUACAUUAACCAUGAUUCAAACCAAUGUUACAAAUAAUACAACCGACGAAAGACAAUCUAUCAGUAAUAGUAACACUUAUAAUGCGAAAAUUUCAUUUUUGUCAAGUGGCUCUGUUAUUGAAUUUACACCAAUAUCCGUACCUAAUGUCGCUAAUAUCACAGAAUGGAGUAUGUAUUCAUUACCAUAUGGAGGCUAUUUGUUGCUUGCUCCAACAUUAACACCAAAUAGUGUAAAUACUUACGCAUAUGCCUUUGAUGAAUACUCGGACACUUGGCAACCUUGGGAUCUUCCAGAUCCUAUUCCUUCAAACUUAGUCGACACAGUAUCUGGUUUGUUACGUCUAACUCUGGACGGAACAGCGCAUUAUGAAAGUCUUAAUUCCAGUAGCAAAAACGAAUUCUUUUCCGAUCUUCAAGAUGAAAUUUCAAAAAUUCUUCCCGUUUCUCCUUCGCGUUUAAGUUCUAACAAACAUGUUCAGGUUGAUCUUUCUAUUAAUUCAGGCCGACAUAUAUUCUUAUUACUUAAUAUCAAACAAACAAAAGAUAAAAAUGAAAGAAGUGUUGCAUCACUUAUCCGAGAUUUAAAUACAAUGAUUCGUAAUAAAGAAAUUACAUCAAUUGGGUUAGGCAACACUGUUAAAUAUCUAGAUGAAACUUAUGGGUUUGUUCCAUCGCCUUUUACGAUUAUUAUAAAGGAAAACACACGUCCUGAGUUUUUCUCAUGGUUUGUUCGAAACGGAAAUGUUACAUCAAUAUUUACUAUAUUGGCUGGAACAGAUAUUGAAGCAUUAGUCAUACUUAAAUCAAAUCUUGCAGGAUUUGCAUCUUUCCAAGCACCUUUUUCAGAUAAAGCUCAAUCAAAAAUAUUUUGGGGAACAUGUUUGAAUAUCUUCACAGAAGAUAUACCUCAAGCAAUCAUUCAGGUAAAGAUUAAUUUGCAUAAGAUGUUUCACGAUUUUGAAGCAUAA